AAUCCCUCUCUUUCCCUCCCUCCAAUGCACACCCACACUCACUGUUUCUCUCUCUACACUUUCAAACCAGAGAGAGAGAGAGAGCACCAAACAAACAAAGCUUGGAUGUUGAGAAGCCCAAUGCAUCGGAGCAACAACCCUACCCUAUUCAUUCAUGGAGGACACAAGCAAACACCUUUGAGAGUUUUGAGGAAGAGAUAGAGAGAGAGAAUCCUAGAGAGAGAGAGAGAGAGAGAGCAGCCUCACUUCCAUUGUCAUCUCCAUAGAGAUCGUCGCGGUCCUCCAUAGUGUAUCGUGCACGCAGUCGCACUGCCCCAAGCAAGGCCGAGCCCAGUUUUUGAUGCCAGUGUUGCCGCUGCUGCCGGCGACGACGGCAGCCCCGAUGCGUCACCUCCACCUCAUCCUCUUCCUCCCACUCUUACUCAACCUCCUCCUCUUCACCUCCACCUCCACCACCACCACCGCCGCCGCCUCCACUACCUCCUCGCCCAACCCCGAGGUCGCCUUCCUCUCCUCAUGGCUGGCCGCGUCGCCCUCGCGCCCGCCGGACUGGGCCCCGGCCGCCGCGUCCCCGUGCAAGUGGUCGCACGUCGCCUGCGACGCCGCCGGCAGGGCGGUCGUGUCCGUCACCUUCCAGUCCGUCCACCUCGCCGUGCCGGCCCCGUCCGGCCUCUGCGCCGCGCUGCCGGGGCUCGUUAGCUUUGUUGUGUCGGAUGCCAACCUGACGGGUGGCGUGCCGGAGGACCUCGCGCUGUGCCGCCGCCUCGCCACGCUUGACCUCAGCGGCAACUCCCUCACGGGCCCCGUCCCGGCGUCGCUCGGCAACUUGACGGCGCUGGAGUCGCUGGUGGUCAACACCAACCUGCUCUCCGGCCCCAUCCCGGCGGAGCUUGGCGGGCUCGCGGGGUCGCUGAAGAACCUGCUGCUGUUCGACAACCGCCUCUCCGGCGAGCUUCCCGCGGAGCUCGGCGGGCUGCGGCGGCUCGAGUCCCUCCGCGCCGGUGGCAACCACGACCUCUCCGGCCCGAUCCCCGACUCGUUCUCCAAGCUGUCCAGCCUUGAGGUGCUCGGCCUCGCGGAUACAAAGAUCUCCGGCCAGAUCCCGCCGUCGAUCGGCAACCUCAAGAGCCUCCAGACGCUGUCGAUAUACACCACCAUGCUCUCCGGCUCCAUCCCGCCGGAGCUCGCGCUGUGCGCCAACCUCACCGACGUGUACCUCUACGAGAACGCGCUCUCCGGCGCGCUUCCCCCGGAGCUCGGCGCGCUCCAGAGCCUCCAGAAGCUGCUGCUGUGGCAGAACGCGCUCACCGGCCCCAUCCCGGAGAGCUUCGGCAACCUCACGUCGCUCGUCUCGCUUGACCUCUCCAUCAACUCCAUCUCCGGCGUCAUCCCGGCGUCGCUUGGCCGGCUACCAGCGCUGCAGGACCUCAUGCUCAGCGACAACAACCUCACCGGCACCAUCCCCGUGCAGCUCGCCAACGCGACGGCGCUCGUGCAGCUUCAGCUCGACACCAACGAGAUCUCCGGCCUCAUCCCGACGGAGCUCGGCCGGAGCCUGACCAACCUGCAGGUGCUGUUCGCGUGGCAGAACCGCCUCGAGGGCGCCAUCCCGGCCACCCUUGCGUCGAUGGCGAGCCUCCAGGCGCUCGACCUCUCGCACAACCGAUUCACCGGCGCCGUGCCGCCGGGGCUCUUCUUGCUGCGCAACCUCACCAAGCUGCUAAUCUUGUCCAACGAUAUCUCCGGCGUGAUACCGCCGGAGAUCGGGAAGGCAGCGAGCCUCGUGCGGCUCAGGCUCGGUGGCAACCGCAUCACCGGGGAGAUUCCCGCGGCCGUGGGAGGGAUGAAGAGCAUCGUCUUCCUCGACCUUGGCAGCAACCGCCUCACCGGCACCGUUCCCGCCCAGCUCGGCGACUGCUCGCAGCUCCAGAUGCUCGACCUCAGCAACAACACGCUCACUGGAGCCUUGCCGGAUUCGCUCGCCGGCGUGCGCGGCCUGCAGGAGCUCGACGUCUCACACAACCAGCUCACCGGCCCCGUGCCAGAAUCCUUGGGAAGGCUGGCGGUGCUGAGCCGUCUCGUCCUCGCCGGCAACGCGCUGUCCGGGACGAUACCGGCGGCGCUCGGGCGGUGCCGCGCGCUCGAGCUGCUCGACCUCAGCGACAACCGCCUCUCCGGCGGCAUCCCCGACGAGCUCUGCAGCCUCGCCGGCCUCGACAUCGCCCUUAACCUCAGCCGCAAUGGUCUCACCGGCGCGAUCCCGGCGAGGAUAUCACAACUGAGCAAGCUGUCUGUGCUCGACCUGUCAUACAACGCGUUCGCCGGCAGCCUCACGCCGCUCGCCGGGCUCGACAACCUCGUCACCCUCAAUGUGUCGCAGAACAACUUCUCCGGGUACCUCCCGGACACGAAGCUCUUCCGGCAGCUCUCGGCGUCCAGCCUCGCCGGGAACUCGGGGCUGUGCACCAAAGGCGGCGACGUGUGUUUCGUUGGCGUGGACGCCGACGGCCGGCCGAUGUCGGUGACCGCUAGCGACGAUGCGCAGCGCGCGCACCGGCUCAAGCUCGCCAUCGCGCUGCUGGUGACCGCGACGGUGGCCAUGGUGCUGGGGAUGAUCGGCAUACUCAGAGCGCGCGGGGUGGGCGUGAAGGGCGGAGGUGGGGGCGGGAGCAGCGACUCGGAGGCCGGUGGCGGGGAGCUGGGGUGGCCGUGGCAGUUCACGCCGUUCCAGAAGGUGAGCUUCUCGGUGGACCAGGUGGUGCGGAGCCUGGUCGACGCCAACAUCAUCGGCAAGGGCGUCUCCGGCGUGGUGUACCGCGUGAGCCUGGACUCCGGCGAGACCAUCGCCGUGAAGAAGCUGUGGCCGGCCACGACGGCCGCGGCCGCCGCGUUCAAGGACGCCGGCCGGGACUCGUUCUCGGCGGAGGUGCGCACGCUGGGCUCCAUCCGGCACAAGAACAUCGUGAGGUUCCUCGGCUGCUGCUGGAACAAGAGCACGCGGUUGCUCAUGUACGACUACAUGGCCAACGGCAGCCUCGGCGCCGUGCUCCACGAGCGCGGCGGCGGCGCGCAGCUCGAGUGGGACGUCCGGUACCGGAUCGUGCUCGGGUCGGCACAGGGUCUUGCGUACCUUCACCAUGGCUGCUCGCCGCCGAUCGUCCACCGUGACAUCAAGGCCAACAACAUCCUCAUCGGGCUCGAUUUCGAGGCCUACAUCGCCGACUUCGGCCUCGCCAAGCUCGUCGAUGAGGGCGCCGACUUCGGCCGCUCCUCCAACACCGUCGCCGGCUCCUACGGCUACAUCGCCCCUGAGUACGGGUACAUGCUCAAGAUCACCGAGAAGAGCGACGUGUACAGCUAUGGGGUGGUGGUGCUGGAGGUGCUGACGGGGAAGCAGCCCAUCGACCCGACAAUUCCGGACGGGCAACACGUGGUGGACUGGGUGCGGCGACACAAGGGUGGCGCCGGCGUGCUGGACCCGGCGCUGCAGGGGCGGUCUGACACGGAGGUGGAGGAGAUGCUGCAGGUCAUGGGCGUCGCCUUGCUCUGCGUCAGCCCCGUCCCCGACGAGCGGCCGACCAUGAAGGACGUCGCGGCCAUGCUCAAGGAGAUCCGGCUCGAGCGCGAGGAGUACGCCAAGGUCGACGUCCUGCUCAAGGGCGGUGGCGGCGGCUGCGGGUCGCCGGCCAAGGAUGCCACCUCGACAACAAUGCCAUUGGCGACGACAAAGGCCACCACAUCGACGUCGAGCACGCCGCCGUGCCGGCAGGGCCCCGGGAGCAGCGCCUGCAAUAGCAACAGUAGCAGCUUCUCUGCCGUCUACUCUUCAUCGAAGGCCAAAUCGCCAUUCGAUUGACUGAUCGUAGGCGCCAAAUUUCAUUUUCGUUGUGGUGGUUUACUUGGCCGUGUAAAUGGUUUUGGUUUGAAUGGUGAGAGCACUUAAUUAGUGUAAGUUGAGGACUUAGGAAAUACUUUGAGGACGAAGAAGAGGAAAUUAGAAUGAAAACUAAGGCUUUUGAUUUCA